AUGCAGCCCCCGGAGCCGGAGUGGGCUGGUGGAGGCCCUUCCAACAGCAGCUGGCCCAACUCCACCGCAAGCGAGAGCCACCCCCUGAGGGAGAACUACACCUUCCUGGCGUACUACCAGCACUCCUCCCCCGUGGCCGCCAUGUUCAUCCUGGCCUACACCUUCAUCUUCCUCAUGUGCAUGAUCGGCAACAUCCUGGUGUGCUUCAUCGUGGUGAAGAACCGCCAGAUGCGGACGGUCACCAACAUGUUCAUCCUCAACCUGGCCAUCAGCGACCUGCUGGUGGGCAUCUUCUGCAUGCCCACCACCUUGGUGGACAACCUCAUCACGGGUUGGCCCUUUGACAACGUCAUGUGCAAAAUGAGCGGCCUGGUGCAGGGCAUGUCCGUCUCCGCCUCCGUUUUCACGCUGGUGGCCAUUGCCGUGGAGAGGUUUCGCUGCAUCGUCCACCCCUUCCGGCAGAAGCUGACGCUGAGGAAAGCCCUGGUGACCAUCACCAUCAUCUGGGUGCUGGCCUUGCUCAUCAUGUGCCCCGCCGCCAUCACCCUGACCGUCACCAGGGAGGAGCACCACUUCAUGGUGGACACCUACAACAACUCCUACCCCCUCUACUCCUGUUGGGAGGCCUGGCCCGAGACGGGGAUGAGGAGGAUCUACACCACCGUCCUCUUCUCCCACAUCUACGGCCCCCUCGCCCUCAUCGUCAUCAUGUACACCCGCAUCGCCUUCAAGCUUUUCAAGUCGGCGGCGCCUGCCCGGGGCCGAGAGAAGCCGGAGGGGAGGAGGGUCUCCCGGAGGAAGGCCAAGGUGAUCAACAUGCUCAUCAUCGUCGCCCUCUUCUUCACCCUCUCCUGGCUGCCCCUCUGGACGCUGAUGCUGCUGACGGACUACGGGCGGCUGACCGAGGGCCAGCUCCGCCUGGUCACCGUCUACGUCUUCCCCUUCGCCCACUGGCUGGCCUUCUUUAACAGCAGCGCCAACCCCAUCAUCUACGGCUACUUCAACGAGAACUUCCGACGGGGCUUCCAGGAGGCCUUCAGGGCCCCCUUCUGCUCGCCCCACCGCCACCACCGCGGGCCCUACGGCCGUGGGACCCUCUUCGGCGCCCGCAACCGCGUCUUCGCCCAGGCACGGGCCAGCGACUCGCCGCCCGCCUCCGAGUCGGGGCUCUUGGCGCCGCGCCGGGCCGGCGUCCCCGCGUGGGAUGGCUGA